AAAAGAAAAACAAAUUGUAGGCGGAAGAAGCUUCCAACGCAUGAAAAGGAAGAAGCAUGAGCUAUAUGGUUCGAAGUUUCUAUGUAAUUUCAUCACAACACUAGUUAAGACUUGGAGGAUGAUCAUGGAAGUUGGAAGCCAAAUAUUUUAAAUUGGCAUCUUGUAGAAUUGGCGAUCCUCUUGUGUCAUGGAUCCUUUGAGUCUUUCUUCUGUUUCAGAACAGGCCAGGGAGAACAAUGUAAACAAUAAGUUCUUGCUUCCAAGAAAGCCUGCAAGGCAACCAAAUCCAAUCAUAUACAGGAAAUUGCGUCGAGGGUCAGCUGCAGGGAGAUUUCCAGAGAAACAAAUUGAGUACCCUACAAAUAAGGAGUUACUGAGAACAAUUGUGUACUUGAGAAAUGCUACAGCAGUAUAUUAUGAGCCUGACAAAAUAUUGCCUUACAAUAAAGCCUAUAUUGAUGAGGAAGAUGAAGAAGAGUGGAGCACACAAAGUGAGGAGGAAAAAGGUCAGAAGGAACUUAAAAAAACUAUCAACAACUCUAACGACAUACUCACCAAGAAACGGAAAAAGAAAAGCAGCCAUAUUGACAAGGAAAACAAGGAACCUUCUAUAUCUUCUUCCUCUUCCCAUGUGAUAAACAUCAAAGAAAUGAGAAAAACUUUAGAACGUAGAGGCCAAGGAUUAACAAAAAAUGAUUCUGUAAGUGUUUCCAUUCGUGAGACAUUCAUACAGUUCUGUUCAACAAAGAUAAUUUGUCCACAGGAACAUCGUGCUGCAUUAGCAGUUAAGUUAUAUGGAGUUCAAGCAGCACUUUUAUCUGCUUUAGGCAACCCUUUUGAGAACCUAUCCCAAUCCAUAAGCUCAAGAAACAGCUCACAGAUACUAAGUUUGUCGAAAGCCUCUACCGGGUUCUUACCAGCAAUUUUAUGGACUGGAAUGUUCAUAGUGAGUUUUGUGUACACAUUAAUUGUGGUUUGGUCUUUGGCUUUUAGAGUGCCUAUCAUCUCAAUGCUGUGCCUUUCUCUUCUGUACUGUUUAUCUGUGUUGGUUGCUGCAGCAUCAGGGUUUGAUGUCAUGUGUGGCACGUUUAGAAUGAGUGGCAUCUUGUUUGCAUCUUUAGGGGUUCUUGGCUUUGUUAUGCUGCUUCUUGUUGUGGUCUUGCUGGUGCUUUUUGCUUCCUGGAGAUGCCCAAAACAAGAUGGGGGAGCCAAGUGAUGAAUGCUUAGUGCUUUGGCAUAUAGGGUAACUACAAGCUUAGAAGUUCUAUGUUUGUAGUUACCUUCAUUCGGCUUUGUUUGCACAUUUGUAGAUUUAAAAACUUUUGUAUGUUUCAUCUAAAGUCUAAACUGUGAUAAUUUUUUCCUAUAGUAUAUGCUACACGUGGAUUUGAAAAGCUUU